UCUUUUUUCCAUUUGUUAUGUCUUGAAUGUACACACCUGGUUCCCAUUAAGUUAUUAUUAUUUCCCUAUUUAACCCUCUGGUUCCCAUGAUGUUUUGUGCGUGAUUAUUCCUGGUAUGUGUUAGUCGUUUGUGUUAGGGUUUGUUAUCCCUGCGUGGAUUAUUUUGGCAGAUUUAUUUUUCAGAGUAAAGUACGUUAUUUUUACUCAGUUCUGUGUCCUGCGCUUGACUCCGUCCUCACGUCCGCACAACUGACAUAUGACACGAACAUAGUACGCAAGUAGAAACACCAUGGGACCACGCAGCCGUCAUACCACUCAGGAAGGAGCGUUCUGCCCCAUCUCUGGAUUUAUAUUUAUGUCCCAUCUCUCUAUAUAGAUGUAUGCUCCAUUUAUCAUGUUUUAAGGUAAGACCCAGAUGCAGACUGUGUCGAAGUAACAAUGUUUAUUACAAGAACAGGGGCAAAGGUACAGGAUGGCAGGCAGGGUCAGGUCAGGCAGAGCUCGGUAAUCCAGAGUUGUGGGGCAAAGGUACAGGACGGCAGGCAGGCUUAGGGUCAGGGCAGGCAGAAGUCGGUAAACCAGAGUAGUGGGACAAAGGUACAGGACGGCAGGCAAGCUCAGGACAGGCAGAAGGGGCAAAGCCGGGAAAAAACUAGAAAAGGAAGACACGACUAAGACAAGACAGGAGCGAGGGGAAAAACGCUGGUAGGUUCUACGAACAAAACAAACUGGCAACAGACAAACAGAGAACACAGGUGUAAGUACACAGGGGAUAAUGGGAUAGAUGGGCGACACCUGGGGGGGUGUAGACAAGCACAAAGACAGGUGAAACAGAUCAGGGUGUGACACCAUGUCUCUAUAUAGAUGUAUGCACCAUCUAUAUAUAUAUAGAUGUAUGCACUAGGUCUAUUAUGACAAAUAUAUAGAACAGUCAUAAAUGACUUAUAAACAGCAUAUCUGAGGGCAUGUAGUUGAACUUUCUGCUUUUGACGGAGCAUGUACUUUUUCAGAAUAAUGUGCAUACUGUUUAUUUAAGUUUCUUGUGAAAGUGAUGAAGUUUCAUUUAAACUAGAUUUCAUCACUGGACUCGUAACGGUUGGCUUUGACACUCUGAACAAGGAAAUAUAGUGCAUUCUUUGCCCUCAGCCCUGAACUCUCUUUGCUAAACUCACUGCCAAGUUGAGUCUUGAUCAUGCUUAGGAACUGGCACUGCUAUCCUUUUUUCCCCUCAGAUGUUCUCAGCGUUUUACACUGGAAAACUAGGAAUUCAUUUUGAAAUGUUAGAGGGUAGCAUCUGAACUUGAAAUGGAGCUGCAUCGGAUAAUUACAUGAGACUGGUGUAAAAAUUGAUUAAUUCUCCAAAUAGUAAUGUCAGAUUGUUUGGUCAUGAGUUGGCAGUGUGGAGAAGCUGGCUAAGGGGAAAUCUGACAUGCCUAAUAUGCCCUCAAGAGGGGAAUGUUUCCUUGAAAAUGUUGUUUCGUGUCAUAUUAGAUUUCAGUGAUAACCGAGUUGGGUCAUAAAUUACAUAUUUUUUAGCAGAAGAUAGGCAGAGGAAGUCAACAACAAAUAUUUAUAAUAUAUAAAUAGAGAUUUAGAACAGUCAUCUCUGUCAGCCCUGAGACGUCCGGACUACAGUAUGCCUGGGGUCUUGUUCUGUGGAAAGGCUGUGGUCUUGGAAAUAGUCAAACCGAUACGGCUUGUUUAUAGUUGUGCAUGGGUCCAAAAACACCCAAUUAUUCUCACUUUCUCUCUCUCUCCUCCCUGUCUCCCCCUCUUCUCUCUGGAGCGUUACGUGGAUGGGGGAAUCAGUGACAACCUUCCUCAGUCAGAGCUGAAGAACACCAUCAGCAUCUCUCCGUUCUCCGGCGAGAGCGACAUCUGUCCACGGGACACCUCCUUCAACUUCCACGAGCUGCGCUUCACCAACACCUCCAUCCAGAUUAACCUGGACAAUAUGUACCGCCUCAGCAAUGCCCUGUUCCCCCCAGAACCCAAGGUCAUGGCAGAGAUAUGCCAGAGUGGCUACAAGGACGCCCUUCGCUUUCUUGAGGAGAACCAUCUGCUGAAGCUGGAGUGUCCGACUGCCGGCCCCAACCUAUCAGAAGCCAUACACACCUGCUGCUGCAAGCCCACCGCCACGGAAACCACUAAGGACUGGAUGCUCCGCCGGCUCCGCCUCCUGAGGAAGCGGCACUGGUGGCUGGACGAGCAGAUUGUUGACAACCUGCCUACCCAAAUCAAAAAAGUGUUCUGUGAGGCGUGCCAGCAGAAGCCGGGUCUGUAUGCUCAGGUGUCCGAGAUGCUGCCGGUCAGAGUGGCCUCCUACAUGCUCCUGCCCUGCACACUACCUGUGGUAUCAGCCUACUCAGUGGGCAAGAGGUUUGUGGAGUGGAUCCCAGAGGUGCCUGCAGAUAUGCGUUGGCUAGCUGGGGUGGCUGGGGAUGUGGCUGGGAGCGUGUACAGACAGACCUGGAGAGGAGCAACAGCAGACAUAACCAGUGAUGGUUCCCUGAGGAAUUGCAUGAGCCUGCCCCUACCCCUGGACAGUGACGGACACAGGGAGAGAGACUGUCAUCUCUCCGGGUUCGCUCUCUCUGCUCUUGACCUCCAAAGCCAAUACUGGAACAUCCCCACCGCCCCCUCUUCCCACCGCCGCACCAGCCCCCUCAUGCCCAGCCCCUCCCCACGACAGAUCUGCUUCUUUGUUGGCUCGCAGGACGAGACUGACUGACAGUCCCAUCCACCAAUGAGAGGACACUGUGACUUUGUUUUAAAAGAUGAUAGGACAGUCCAGCUCAAGAUCCCUCCCACAGGGCCUGUCUAUAGGCUAUAGGAACUGUGAAGGGUGGUUUGGGAUGGACAAAUGAUGGUCAUGUGAUUGAAUAGCUUUGUGAUCCAGAACUGUUGCUAAAGACACACUAAUCAUGUAUUUUGAUCACUCCACCAAUCAUAUUUUAUACUACAGUACACAUUGUAAAACAAUUUACCAGCUCACCACCAAAGACGUCUGCAAGUGAAUUAUUUUUUGAAAUUAUACAUUUUAUAACUAACUAUGUCUAGAUUUUCCAGAUAACUUGUUGUCACUACAACUAUACCUACCUACCUACCUACCAGAGGAGGCUGGUGGAAGGAGCUAUAGGAGGACCGGCUCAUUGUAAUGGCUGGAAUAGAAUAAAUGGAACGGUAUCAACCA